AUGUCCAAAGACGACAAUCAGCCAAUCCGAAAGAUCAAGAUAGUAUCUCUUGGUGAAAGUCGUGUUGGAAAAAGCUGUUUAAUCAAAAGGUUUUGCGAAGGCAACCGUUUUGUUACUCAAUAUAUUCCAACAAUUGGAAUUGACUAUGGUGCACGUCAAUUCAAUGUAGACAAUACAAAUUUUUAUGCCCAUUUCUGGGAUAUGUCAGGUGAUGAUUCAUAUAUUGAAGUUAGAAACGAAUUCUACGGCGAUACAGAUGGAUAUAUUUUAGUUUUCGAUAUGACUGCAAGAGAAACAUUCACACAGCUUCAGAGAUGGAUAGAUGAAGCAAAGAAGUAUGGAGGAGAUAUUACUUGCUGUGUUGUUGCAGGAAAUAAAUGUGAUGGCGCCAAAUUAGCAGUUACUGCACAAGAAGGUGCUGACUUUGCUAAGAAAUACGGUAUGCAGUUCUUUGAAACUUCAGCAAAGAGCGGUAAAAACGUUUCCGAAGCUUUCACACAUUUAUUUAGAUCCGUCCUCUCCAAAGUCCAGAAAAAGUAA